AUGGAGUUUUGUUCUAAGUCCAGAAAGUACCAGGUUUUGCAGAUUAUUAUCUCAACCGUUUUCAUAUUGGGAUCACUAUCGGGUUCAACACUAGCAGUAUCCCACCAAAAAACUGUAGAGUUCCAAGCCAUAAAUUGCAGAAAGCACAGUGCAGUGUUGACAGAUUUUGGAGGAGUUGGUGAUGGAAAAACUUCAAACACAAAGGCUUUUAAGACAGCAAUUGCCAAGCUAAGUCAGUAUGCAUCAGAUGGUGGAGCACAACUUAUUGUUCCACCAGGAAAAUGGUUAACUGGGAGCUUUAAUCUCACCAGCCAUUUCACUCUUUUUCUCCAUAAGGAUGCUGUUCUUCUUGCUUCUCAGGAUGAGGAUGAAUGGCCAGUUCUUACUCCAUUGCCCUCUUAUGGGGGAGUAAGAGAAAAUGUUGUUUUUCGAAGGUCUGGUAGUCUGAUUUUUGCUUCGAACGUAACUGACGUCAUAAUUACUGGUAACAACGGCACAGUUGAUGGCCAGGGUGCAAUAUGGUGGGAAAAAUUCCGAGCAAAAAAGCUGAAAAAGGAGAGACCUUUUCUGAUCGAGAUUAUGUACUCUGAUCAGGUUCAAAUAUCGAAUAUUACCUUGAUUAACUCUCCACAAUGGCAUGUUCAUCCUAUUUACAGCAGCAAUGUGUGGAUUCAGGGAGUGACAAUUUUGGCACCAGUUGAUGUUCCUAAUACAGAUGGAAUUGACCCAGAUUCAUGCACUAAUGUUAUAAUCCAAGAUUGCUACAUAGUGUCUGGGGAUGACUGCAUUGCUGUUAAGAGUGGAUUGGAUCAAUAUGGAAUCAAAGUUGGAAUACCUAUGAAACAGCUAGUCAUAAGAAGGAUAACGUGUAUUUCCCCUAAAAGUGCUGCCAUUGCGCUUGGAAGCGAAAUGUCUGGUGGAAUUGAGGAUGUUAGAAUUGAAGAUAUUACAGCCAUUAAUACUGAAUCAGCUGUUCGAGUCAAAACCGCAGUAGGAAGAGGGGGUUAUGUGAAAGACAUUUUUGUAAGAAGAAUGACCCUGAAGACAAUGAAAUAUGUCUUUUGGAUGAUAGGCUCUUAUGCCUCACACGCCGACAAGGGAUAUGAUCCGAAAGCUCUGCCUGAGAUCACAAAUAUAAAUUACAGAGAUAUAGAGGCUGACAACGUAACGAUUCCGGGGAAACUAGAAGGACUUGGUGAGGAAAAUCCUUUUACAGGAAUUUGCAUUUCUAAUGUCAGAAUGACCUUGGCUGAGAAACAUCAUGAACCAUCAUGGAACUGCACAGACGUAUCAGGAAUUGCAAGCAAUGUGACUCCAAACCCAUGUGCUGCGUUGCGGACGAAAAGCACAUAUUGUCCUUUCCCAGAAGAUAAACUUCCAAUUGAGAACGUUAGGCUCCAGACUUGUUCUGCCACUGCCUAG